CUAUCGAGUGCUGACAGAUUAAAGGAGGUGAAAGCGAAGAAACUGUGUAUGAACUGCUUAAGCAAAGGACACUUUUCCGCGGCUUGCAAAUCUUCAGCAUGCCGGAGGUGCCAGAAGAAGCACAAUACCCUGUUGCAUCCAGAGCAAGAAGAGAAGACUGCAACCGAUAAGAAGUCAGAAGAGGACGCGUCCAAGAAGGCAGUGGUAAUGCACGGCACUCAAGAAACCUUGCAAGAUACUGAAGAGUCAUCUUCUGUAAUCAACCUUGAAAGAAAACCCACGUCGUGCGUGGUGCUGUCAACGGCCCGAGUUAUAGUCCAUGACGUCAAUGGAGGCCAGCACAAAUGCCGUGCACUUCUAGAUGCAGGGUCGCAAUCCAAUUUGAUCACCCAGGAACUCGUCGACAGGCUCAGAUUGAAAUGUAAAAGGAGAGACGAAGUCAUCAGUGGGAUCAACCGAUCACAAACCAAUGUCGGUAAGACAGUAGAAGUAAAAAUCCGAUCGACGAACGCGGAUUAUGAGGUAGCCAUAGAAUGUCUCGUGCUGCCUGCCAUUACUGAAAGACUUCCUCAAGUCAAAAUCAAUACUAAACUGAUUUGCUUGCCGGAGGGUUUGAGCCUAGCAGAUCCUGAUUUCCACACGCCAGGAACAGUGGAUAUUCUAAUAGGAGCAGGACUUUUCUGGCAAUUAAUCUGCAAGGAUUAUAUUCAAAGACCAAAGGGAAUACCCAGAUUACAACCGCAGUUAGAACGCUUUUGGAAGCAAGAGGAGACGCUCGAAAAACGGAGUCUCACCCAAGAAGAGAUUGAGUGUGAACGGCAGUUCCAUGAGUCGGUCAAGCGAGAUGAAACUGGUAGGUUCAUCGUAACACUUCCGAAGAAACCCGGAGUGAAACUCGGCGAUCCAGGGAAUCAAGCAUUGCAGCGAUUAUAUUCCCUAAAAAGAAGAUUCAGAGGAGAUCCAGCAUUGAAGAAUGCGUAUGUUCAAUUCAUGGAAGACUAUGAAACUCAAGGCCACAUGUCGUUAAUGGGACCAGGCCCAGAUACGAGCACAAAGGUAGAGCAAUCGUACAUACUUCCGCAUCAUCCGGUGAUUAAACCGGACAGCACCACAACUAAGUUACGUGUUGUAUUCAACGCCUCAGCGAAGACAUCGUUGGGAACAUCGUUAAACGACAAGUUAUUCGCCGGUCCAAACAAGCAGAAGAGCCUGUUCUGCAUAGUCUUACGCUUUCGAUCACACCCCUUUGUCAUAACGGCGGACAUAGUUGCAAUGUUCCGACAGAUACUCGUGUGCGAAGAAGACCGAGAUUUACAACUGAUUCUGUGGAGAUCAGAUCCAUCGCAACCAGUUCAGAUCUUUAGGAUGAACACGGUGACAUAUGGCACCGCAUGUGCACCUUAUUUAGCCCUCAGCUGUUUGGAGAGAUUAGCGAUAGAAGAACUGGAAAGGUUUCUAAAGGCAACCUUGACGGUCGAAGAGAUGAAGAGGUUUCUCGAAAUAAGGUUGAAGAUCGAAGAGCUGAAGAAGUUCCUAAAAGAAGCAUUGGACAAUGAGAAAUCGGAGUUUCUACAAGCAAUCCUGGUCUUGCUAGAAGAUUUCUACAUGGACGAUGUUUUGUCUGGCGCAAGUACCAUAGAAGGGGCCAUAGCCUUGCGACAGCAGCUGUCGGAGUUAUUGCAACGGGGACAGUUUCAGCUGCGGAAGUGGCGUUCCAAUGAUCCACGUAUAUUGGAGGAACUACCCGAGUCCAACGACGAUAACAGCUUCCUCAAAAUAGACAAGGAGGGUGCCAUGAAAACGUUGGGACUUCUAUGGGAUGCCCAGUCAGAUGUUCUGCAAUACAGCGUGUCGAUAGAAGAGAAUUCAAGGGUUACCAAGCGUCUGGUGCUAUCUCAGAUAGCUCAAAUAUAUGACCCCCUUGGCUUGCUGGGACCCGUUGUCAUCAUUGCGAAAUGUAUUAUGCAGUCUCUAUGGCAAAUCAAAACUGGUUGGGAUAAAGUUCUCCCAACGGAGUAG